AUGUUCUCGGAAUAUGCCUCACGAUUCCUGGCCCAGUCGCAGUCGCGCCUGUCCAACUUUGCCGGCCAAACCGACAACGACCAACCGCCCCGGACGAGCGACUGGACGGCCUCGCGACCGGGCCGGCAGACCCGCGACGCUGGUAGGGGAAACGCUCCCAGCCGAUCAUUUCUGUCGCGGGGCUAUGGCGGGAACCCGUAUCAGCAGACCGGCGCCGGCUCGCGGUUCGGAAACCUAGCGUUCGCUUCUCGCAUUUCGGCUGCGCAGGACGCGCCCUUGUUCCACAGCACGCUCGACGAGUUCCGCGAGGAGGACGACGAGGAGGAGCGCGAGAGGGAGGCGGCGGAUCUGUUUGCGCUCCAACGGUCACGGCGCGUAGCCGCCGCGAGCAAGCUUGCCGAAAGCACCGAGUCGGCAAACAGCCGCGGCUCCAUCGAAGACAGCAGGGGGGGUAUGGACCAUCCUUACAGGCAACGCGGUAUCAAGAGCAGCUGGAACGGCACGCGGAGCUCACAUCAACCACGACCUGCUCACGACACAUUAUUAGAAGAGGCGGAGGAGGUACCCCCAGCGGCCGGCGAGCAUCCCAGUCCUGACAGCAAGGGUAAGAUGGUGGAUGUCGGGCUGGAAUCGCAAGAAGACCCCGACGAGGACCCUCCCGAGUCUUUACUCGGCGGCGAGGCCCCUACCGACUCGAGCCCUCCGCCGUUUCAGCAAUUUAAGUCACACACAGAGCGUACACCUUUCAUGCUCAACCGGAGCGAGACCAACGAGUCGGAAGUGAGCAGCAUACGAAGGCAGGACCCAGCCGAGUUCGAGCAAGCCCAGCCGGGGAAUCUCCUGAUCGAAGGAGAGCUCUUCCGCCACGACCCCUUCUUCGCCUGGAUAUUCCUCAUCAGCUUCGCCGGCAUGAUGUCGACGUUUGUCCUCGUGUGGCUGCACACGUCACCGUCAAAGAGCCCAGUCGGAGACACGAUAUACUCGACGCUGCAAAAGUCAUUCCACAUGCUGGCAGUCGACACGGUGGUUGCGGUGCUCGUGUCCUUUGUCUGGCUGGCGGCCCUCCGGUCUUUCGUGCGGCCGCUGGUCAGUGUCAUACUGAUUGCGGUGCCCGUCAUCAUGCUGUCCUUCUCUCUAUACUCGUUCAUCUCCUCCUUCAAGGGACGGACACAUGGAGGAAGCGCACAAGAUAGAGUCAUGCGGUGGCUGUCGCUUAUACCCGCAGCUUCGUGCAUUCUGUGGCUCUGGCUCGUCGUCAAAGGUCGCAGGGCCAUCCACCAGGCGAUCGAAAUCUUGCAGUUUUCGUCCAAGAUCCUGGCACAGAAUCCGGGACUGCUCCUCGUCGGCUUCGGGACCCUCGCCCUGAUUGUUGUGUGGACGUGGGGCUGGCUCGCCAUGUUCACGCGCGUCUUCAUGGGCGGCUACUUUUCAAAGUCGCUGGUACGCUUCGUGAUCCAGGUGUCGAGCUGGUGGCUGGGCGCUGCAUUCAUCUUCAUGUAUCUUUGGACACUGUCGGUGAUUAACGCCGUGCAUCGGGCGACGACGGCGGCAACGGUAUCGCAGUGGUACUUUCAUCGCAACGCGGCGCCCGCGACCCCUUCCAAGGAGAUUGUGCUGGCUGCGGCCGCGCAUGCGACGACGACGAUAUUCGGCAGCAUCUGCGAGUCGACGCUGCUGUCGCUCCUGAUCCGAGCGCCGCUGCUCUUCUUGCCUAGGAGGAUCGGGGGCGCCAUUACCAACCUGGCGGCGUUCUGGAUACCGACACCCAUCAUCGCGCUUACGAACCCGCUGACGGUCACGUACGGGGCGAUUCACUCGCAGAGUCUGGCGACAUCGGCAAGGGGCCUGGACCAGAUGGAGAUUGUGUCGCCGGCGAUCCCCACGACGACGCUCACGCCGCGGACGCUGCGGGUGCGCGGGCAACCCAACGGGCUACUUCCGUACCGGCUGGCGAAGCUGCUCCUCGUGGCGACGCGGCUCAUCAUGGCCACGGGCUUGGGAUUCGCGGGAUGGGUGAUAACGGCGAAGCAGCUCCGGAUCCAGCUGCCCGAGGGGACGGGCAUGCGUGGGUCGGCGUACGCGUACGUGGUGGGCAUCAUGGCGAGCUUCAUCGGCUACUCGGUCAUGGGCGCGAUGGAGGGCAUCCUGAGCGGCAUCGUGGACGCGGUGCUGAUUUGCUACGGCAGCGAGCGGCGCAUGGAUAGGGGCCACGGGCGGUACUGCCUGGAGGCGGCGUAUCUGUUUGGCGAGCGGCGGAUCGGGGAGGAGGGAUAUGCUUGA